AUGACCAUAGGCUUCCGGUGCAAUUCGCGUGAAAUGUCCUCCAGUGACGCCGGCGGUACAUAUUUGGCGGCAUUCGUUAAAAAUAUGGUGCUGUUUGAUGAUGACAAGAGCCUCAACCAAGCUUUAGCGGGAACGACAGCUUCCUUAUACUCUUCAGGGACCCCCAUAGAAUCCGAAGGCUCUCAGGCAGACAGAGAUAGGCUCUUUGGUCAGCAUAUGACACAAGAACAGUUUGGCGGUGGCCUGCAGUCACCCAUGCCAGAACUUCACGCCAUGGCAAGAAGCACCGGACCACCAUCAUUACAGAGUGCCAAGAACCCUGUGACACCGGAUUCUGUCAUAACAAACUCCGAAAAGGUGACAUCGAGCUCUCCUGGUGUCGCUAUUGCAAGUCAGUUUGAAGGACUAAAUCAAAUAAAUCCCAGGACAUUACCAACGCCGGGGGGAUCCUUUGAUGUACCUGCUCCGAUCCCGCCGGACCAGGUGAUAUCAAGGCCCUCAAGUGCAAACAGCAAACCCGUUAAACGAAAGUAUUCCCGUAACGGGUGUACCGAGUGCAAAAGGCGGCGUAUGAAGUGCGAUGAGGGCAAGCCGACAUGUUGGCAGUGUGCACGCCUCAACCGAGAGUGCGUAUACGUGAUACGCACCAAGAAUCGUAAAAGGAAGUCCAAAAAGAAUGAUGCGCCGACUGCCAGCGAUAGCGCGAAUGCCUCUUACGUGCAGAAGCCAGAUCCAAUAUUAUCCAAUAGUGCAGGCAGUUUCGUGCCGCCCGCCACUGCUAUCCCAGCAGGCAAUAUCAGUAAUUCCAUUAACAUAGCCAGUGUCCCCGAUGUCACGGAUUCUCCUGCACUGGGCGAGCUACCAAAUUUGAUUCCCACUAAGAAUAUCAACUCGUUUGAUGCCAACUUGUUGAUCAGAAAUCUGAAUGAUAUCGUCAACAUGAAGUUGAACGACUCCAUAAUAUAUGAGGACCUGAAAACUAUGGAUUUUUCUGACCUCGAUAUACCAGAACUCAAUUUGAUACCACCUGAACGCCCGUGUCCGGCUGUACCAAUUUCUUUCCUGGUAGACAGCAUUAUGACCUUCAACAUGACAUUAGAGUCGUUUAAGCUGGGUGGAUCGAACGACAAAUACCUUGAGGUAUUCUAUUACGACUGCUUAGAUUCAAUUGCCCCUUUCUUUCAAAACCAAGGCAACCCUCUUAGAGACAUACUACUAUCAUUUGCCAAAGGCGAACCAUAUUUGCUCUCUUCUAUACUAGCGGUCGGUGCUUCAAUAUCUCACCGAAAGACAAGAAACGUGGAGGACGAAAAAAGCUAUUGUGCGUAUUUGUCACAUUGCCUUUCUCUUCUUACAGAACAAUUCAAGGAUGAAAACAAUGUUUACAAUAAGAUUGAACCCAUCAUAUUGACGGUCCUUAUGUUAACCUGGGAUUGUAUUUACACCAUGAACAGCCAGUGGAGAUCGCAUUUGAAAGGUGUUACCGAACUUUUCAAAAAAAUUAAUUCUGGAAACUCUUCGAAAGUUUUGAAUGUGGCAAAAUGUUGGUUCAAGGUUAUUGAAACGUUUGCCAGUAUCAGCACUGUCUUAGGCGGAGCCCUGGUGGAUGAAAAUGAUUUGGACUUAAUUUUUGCACCUUAUGAUCACCAAUAUAUCGACUCACUGAAGUUUUUAAACAUAAUGACGCCACUCAAUGAAUUUAAUCUGCUACGUGGUCACAAAGAGGAUUUUGAUCUGGUGAUUAAAGAGGUUUUCAAGGCUUUAAAUGUCAUUCGCCACUCCGAACAGAAAUAUUUUUCUGAGCAAGAUGGGAUUUUAGACAAAAACUUGGAUUAUUUAUUGUGGUCCAACCCCAACACUGAGACGUUUAAGCAGCAGCUGUCAUAUUUUAAAAUUCAGAAAAUCUUGGUGGAGAUUGACAGACAAUCGGACUAUGUUUUUAUAGACAAGACAGGUGUAAUACCGAUCACUAAUCAGUCCCAUCCAAAAAACAGUCAAAUUGUGGAUAAUGCCAUUGAUUUGGUAAAAUUGCGCAGUGGUGAAGAGAUCGCAAUCAGCUGGUACGACAUCUCACAUCAAACACAAGUUUUAUCGUUUUUAUUAAUCGUGUUGCUAAAAUUGCUGGGAAUUCCGAAGCAGUCCAUUGCGAUUCAACAAGUGGUGCAAAAAAUCACUAGCUUCUUUGGAUUUUUGGAUACCGAUGAUCCGCCUCACAACUUGAGAACUUGUUAUUGCAAUUUCGCAAUUUUGAUUGCAGGGCUCAACGCAAUUGAUGAAGGUACGAGGAGCGUCAUUAAGAAAUACUACAAAGUGAAUGGUGGCAGGUUCCAACGAUUGACGGAACAUAAUUUGAACAGGUUAGAAAAGGUCUGGUAUGGCAACGAAAAGGCUUAUAAACUAGAGGAUCAAGACGUUCUAACGUGGUAG